CCCCGUCAGGCUUACAAGAUGGCUGCGAUCAUAUCUAGCUUUUUAUAAUAAGAUUUCGCCGCGAGUUUUCGGAGUUUACGUCCGAGCGAGAGACCAAAUUCAAUCCAUUUUGUCUGCAGGAAGAAAAUUUGGAUAGUUUUAUGCGAAUAAUAAGUGCAGUUGUUAACUUUUGCGAUUGUUGUAUUUAGUGAAGUGAUGUGGAAAUACGUGCAAGUGGAGGAAAUUGCUGGAUGGCUCUGGAACAAUAUUGGCAGAACAGGCCAGAUAUGGGUCUUGUUGAAUUUUGGCGUGACAAAAUGUCAUUGUGCUAAAUGGCAGCAGACAGUGACGGGCCAGAAUUAACUACCGUCAUAACCUGCGAGGGAACUCUAGGUGAUCCCAAGUUCCCUUUGCAGUUUCAGAAGGUCAUAGACCGGUUAAAUGGUAUUUUGGGUAGGCCAGUGAAAGUACACAAGCUGGAGCCGUGGAAUUCGGUACGUGUAACGCUGUCCAUUCCUCGAGAAGCAGCGUUACGCCUUCGUCAGCUAGCGAGCGAGGGCUCCCACCAGCUUCGUGCUCUUGGCAUACUUAGUGUCCAAGUUGAUGGCGAUCAAUCUAUAUCGCUACGAUUAGCAACAGGUUCUUCGCCAGAAGGUCAGGAGAUUGUGUUGAGGACCACUCAAGAUGGCGGCGGUCCAAGCAGUAAUACCUCAGAACUUGCCCUUGGGAACUUUCUACCACCCAGUAGUGGGCCAUCUACUUCAACCGCUCAUGCAUCAAACACUCAAGUGCAAUUUAAAUCCCCGAAUGUGGUGUGUCCAUCAGAUUCAGUGGUUCCAAGGGUGGGUUCGAGCAUGGCGGCAUCAAGCACACUUCAAGCUGGUGCAAACAAGCCUCCAUAUGCAGGGCCAUUCCCUUUUGCUAGCAUGAAUCAGGCGAUUCACACCAACUCCGUCGGAGUGAGCAGGAGCAGUAGCAGUACUGAUUCAGCUCCACCUCCACCAUCUUUCGCAGCUUCUUUGCCACCACCAUAUCCAGGAAUGAAGCAGUCUUCUCAAGUGCAACCGCCAGUCACUAUAUCCAGUCCCCUGUUGGUUAACCUUUUGCAAAAUGACCAUCAGGCAUCUGCCGGGUCUUCAAGCAAGGACUUGCCUCCUCCAAAUUCGGUUAUUAACCGCCCUGCGAGGACUCCCGUUCAACAAAAAACUAUAAUACCACCCUGCACACUCAAUACCAACUCUCAGGCCAACGUGCUAGUGAAUAAUAAUAGUAAUAUAAGUAGUAACAGUGUAUCACCGUCAAGCGCCUUAAUCUCUUCUUCGUCAGUGUCUAAUACGAAUAACACUGCUUCAUCCCAGAUCAUCAGAUCGAGCAGUAGUAGUGGCAUUAUAAACUCUUCUUUGUUGAGUUCUAAUGUUAACAAAAUCAGCCAUUCCGCGUCUGGUCAUUUGCCCCCACCCCCACCACCGCAGUAUCACAGGACAUCUACAAUUGGGAUCAACAAACAGAAUGUAUCUUCAGCUGCACAGAACGUUUCUGUCUUCAACAGUUCGGCGUUGCCCAGCGGUAUUAAUCAAAACAGCAUUCCCAUCCAGCAGCAUCAUGUGCUAUCCAGGCAAUUGCCAACGUCUCAGGCAAAUAUUUCUAACAUUGAUGGCGCACAACAAAAAUUAUUUACACAAAAUAAUCUUUCCCAUUCAAAAAAUGUGCAACAAAGUCCUUUCAAGGUGUUACCUAACAAUACUAUAUCGAAUAACAAUUCGUCUGCGUCUAGUAAUGGGUUGUCAAAUAACAUGGGAUCAGUUGGAUUAACUGGUGUUCAGAGUCAGAAUAUAAUUGUGAAUCAUAAUACCGGUGUGGUAGCCGCUGUGCAGACAACAGUGUCACCAUUUCAUACGCCAGGAUUAACCCUUGGGCAGUCAGAUGCGGUCGCUAGUCAAGCUCAUCAGAACCACAAAUCCAUGCCUUCUCCCCCUCCUUAUUCUGUUGCUGUGGCUAGAAACUGGGAUUCAUUGGUUAAUAGUACUAGUAACCUCUUAGACAUAACACCUUCAUUGACAGAUUUAAAACCUGACGAUUUGGAUGAAUUGUUGCCAACUCUAUCUCACAGUCCAUUACCUGAACUUUCAGAACUUGAAUUGUUAGGUUCUCAUUCAAGUUCGAAUACAAACUUGACAGCAGUAGAAAAUUCCAUGGAUAACAACAGAAAAUUUCUCAUUAACCCCUUGACAGGCGAGCUCGAGCCUCAUUCAGGGGGUGAAAGCGAUACAGAAGAGUUUAGAGAUGUCUUUACGGGACUGCCAUCUCCUGCAGCAUUGUCAGAUGAUGACACCAGUUCAACAAUUCGUCCAGACACAGCAACAGAUCAAAGCGAUAGCGAAACAAGAUCAAGUAAUGAUGGUAAACAUAGUCGUUUAAAAAACACAAAAAUUCGAGAUCGUGGGAGGGAUUCCCCAGCCCUUAAACCAACGGAAAAAAUCAAACUGAGGUUGAAGCUUGAAAAAUCGGAACCUAUAAAUCCUGCCUACAAAGUAGAUGUAAGCUUCAUUAACAGUCAACCUAAAAAAGCUUCUACUUCGGUAAUUGGCGCUGCAGCUGCUGAAGAGCUGCGGGUUCCACCCUUGCAUAUUUCCCUAAGAGGUAGAAAUUCAGUUGUAAUAAAAAAUAAGAGUAAACAAUUUGGCCCAGAUGGACCUCUUAGGCCCAAAGUGAAAAAGUUACAAGGAAAAUUGAAGAAAGAGAGUUUUGAGAUCGAAGCAAUGAAUGAAGAGAGUGGUUUGCUUUGUGGGAAUUUAACUGAUAGCGAGAUAAAGAACAAGGGGAUAUUUGAUCAUAAGAAAAUAAAGAAGUUCAAAAGCAACCAUGAACAUAAGGAAAUGUUAACGAAUUUAACAGAAGAGUCCGACUUAAAAUCUAAAUACUCUAUUGUCAAUCAUUACAAAGAUAAGCAAAAAGAGCGAAGGGGUAGUGAUUCAGAAUUAGUAAGGACUAGUAAGAAACAUGUUGACGCCAAUGGAGCGCUCGUUACUGAUCAGAAAAAAAUGAGAAGGCUUAGUCAAUCAGAAGGCGAGGUCGCCAAUAAAACAAUUGAUGAGUUACCGCCACAGCUUCCGGUUGUUUUAGGUUCUACUAAUGUGGGUACUGUGGUGUCUUUACCUCAAAAGAUAAGGAAAGAAAAGGUGAAAUUGAAGGAAGGAUUUAAGAGCAAAGAUCUAAAUCGAAAAUUAUAUCCAAGUAGCAAAUUGAAUUUGACCUCUGUUGUUGACAAACUGCACCCAAAACAACAAUUAGUCUCUUUACCUACUGCGGUUGAUGUUGACAUGGAAGCGAAAUUUAAGCAGAGCUUAAUGGAAGGUGCCAUUGGGGAAAAGGGGGUUGCUAGACCCCCUCAUCGAACUGAGGUUAUCAAUCACUUGGUUACUUCUUUAGAUAGUACCAAGACUCCUGAAAAGAUAGUAAAUCCAUUAACGUCAGAUAGUGUUCCUGCACUGAAAGAAAAAUCACCUGAACCGGAUAAGUGUAAUGUCCCGGACAGAAAGUCUUUAGAAUCGUUAAAUGAAAAGCAGUUGUCAUCUUCUGUUACUUCAGGUAGUCGAUCACCCAACUCAGGCAGCAGUGCUGGGCAAGGUGAAGACAGUGGUAUAGAAAGUAUGGAUGCUCUCAGUGAAAAGUCUCCUAACCAGGCAAGCCAGAGUCCACAUGCUGACAUAAUACCUCCGAACACCAAGACUCAAGUGCCUGACAUGUUGGAUAUCGAGGCUCAACUGGCUAAAAUGGAAGGACUGAAUGGUGAUACAAUUGAACAAGGACGAGAUAAAGUAAAAAGGGAUAGGAACAAUAGUGUGUCAGGACAUCAAGUUGACGAUAGUUUGGGAUUGGAUGAGCCGACCUCUCAAGUGCUGGCGGAUACAAAACUUGGAAGUAUCAUUAAAAGCGAAAGCGCGUCGUCCUUGAUAAAAGACAAUGUUGAAGAAGAUGUGAAUGAAAACAAGUGUCAUCAUGAUCAGUCAAAACUCCUUAACCAGUGUUGUGAAGUAUCUUGUCCUUUAGGUGAAGAAUUAAAACAGGAUUUGGUCACAUCUGGUAAUAACUCUAACAUAAAUCCCAAUUUAAACACGACCAGUAGUCACUUAGGAUCUGAUCUGAGCAUGGUGUCCUCUAAGAUUAGCAAAGAUGUUGAUCAUGAGCCUUUACCACUUCGUGUGGCACCUCCACUGUAUUCUUAUUCAAAUGCCAAUAAAGGUGACAACUCUAGGGGUGGUAGUGUAACCCCGUCCAUGACCGAUGAAGAAGAUGACGAAAAUAGCAGACACAGUGUGUCAACGACCACUAGUCAACCAAAUAGCAAAAGCAAAAGUUUAUUGGAGCAGUUGUUAAUAGAAAUUCCCACCGAACAACAUGGAAUGGUUGCUAGUUCCACAAGCCCCGCAACAAGAUCAUCUGUUCGAACGCGAGCUUUAAGUAAGCUGGGUAGUCCAGAACUGUGUUCCCCUGUGCCGAAGUCGAUUAAACUCCCAUCUGCUGGUAAAAGGAAACGGAACGAGAGCGACAGCUCAAAUCACAGUGUUGAAGAAAAUAGGAAGAGGCCCAGAAAGGGUUCGGAAGCCUCUGAUAUGUCCAGAGCAAAGCCAAAUGCUAAUGCUGUCGUGAAAAAGGUUACUACAAAAGUGAACGCGAAUAUUGCUUCAACUGCUCAACCUCAACAGCAAGAUGAAAGUUCAGAUAGUGAUGAGCCUUUAAUUGAAAAGCUGAGAAAAACUCCUCAAAAUCAACCCGUGAAACCAAAUAACAAGGUUACAAGCAAUAAAAGUGUGGCAAUCCCUAACCCUCAAUCUCAAACGACACCUAAUAAGAUUCAGCAAAUCAACCACCAGGUUGGGCCUUCACAGCAGCAAGCACAGAUCAACACUAGGCGAUCGGUCCGAAGUGGGCAACCUUCUCAGAACACAAGAAGCAGGGGUGGUAACCUAGAGAAAGGGGUAUCGCUACAAGGUAGUGAAGCGCAGGAGGUGGCAGCUUUAAGGCGGAAAACUCGAAGUGCGGAUGUUGAAAGCAAAAGGAAAAAAGAAGUGAAGUGACAGUAUGAUAUUGGCUGUCUUCCAUGUGGCAGCCAUCUUAUCUACAACUUGCCUUUUGCGGCAUAUAAUCCGUACUCGCGUGAGUUAACCUCGUCCUCAUCUACUCACUCAUCAUCUGGGUCGUCAAUGUCUGAGGAAGAAGAAACGAGCGACGGAGAGGCAGGCAGUUCCAUUUCGAGUUAUAGUAGUGGAGAUAGUGAUGAUUGAAUGUCAUUACUCGAUCAAGUCAAAAGCCUUUGCACUAUAAUGUACAGAGAUUGUGAUAUGCAUAAACGAGAGGGGAAUUCAGCGAAUGUUAAUGGCGAUUGUAAAUGGAUGGAGGUGACUGAGGUACUGACGCAAUUUGUAUUCUAUUGAGCGGAUGAGCUUGCAGAUAUUUUUCUUUUUUUUGUAUGGGUAAAUUUAGAAAUGAAAUAAAUAUUUUCUACUUUUUUUGUAUUUUGACUAGGUGAAAUGAAGCAAAAUGGAGAAUACAAAGUCAGUAUUUCAUUUUAAGUAGCAGCAAAUUGAAGGUGAUUCCAUUCAUGUUGACUGAAAAUGAAAAAUUGGUGGUGUAAUAUCAAUACUUCUUUCAAUGUUAGAACUGAUGGACCUUGAUUAAUACAUUUUGAUAAACUUGUUUUAGAUUAUUUCUAUGCCAUUGGUCAGCAAUAGUCUUUGUGAAUCUAUUGGUUUGUUUAAGUGUCUUACCAUGUGUUAAGAGAAAUAAUGAUUUGGAAAGUAACUCGUGUAUUAUUUUAUAUUCCAUUUCAGGAUACACAUGAAUUUCUAGAAUGUUGCGUCCUAUUAGUGAAUUUAAUUAAAAUUCUUUGAAAAUGAAGUUGAAUUGCGGGAAAACUUGUCUGAACAACAAAUAUCUUUGAUUUUGGUUCUUCAAUUUGCUGAAUAAUUCUGGGAUUGGUGAAUUUCUUUAAAUAUUUUCCUUAAUCAAGAGGAUAUAUUAUUUCUUCAAUGACAUUUUGGGAACACUACUACGUUGGAGUGUAUGUGUGUGCUUCAAAUAUAAAACAAAAAUGUACUGACUGGUUGCUACUACCUUAACAAUGUGUUCUACUACUUAAAUGUGUAUUUUGACAAAAUAGUACAAAUUGUAGCAACACAAAGUUGUAAUAUAUACUAUAAGUGAUGAACAGACUGCGCCAAUGCCUUGUGCCUUGGUCUUAAAGCGAUACCAUCAAACUUUCGACUCUCUCGUUGAGCAAACCCACUAAAAAUGUUAGUAACUUGUAUAUAGCUAGGCGAAUUUAUUUGUACAUAUAUACAUAAUAUAUAAAAAGGAGAAAUAAACAUAGCUAAGUAGUUCUUUAUAAGCAGAAAAGAGGUGUAUAUUGUACAUGUGGUAUUUUCCAUACAAGCUAUCUUUGCAUAUAAUAUAUAUUACAUUAUAUUCGUUUUAUUUUUCUUUUUUUUUUGUUUAAUGCAUUUUACGUAGAGCAAACAUGAAAUCAUGGUCAUAAUAUGAAGUGAUGUGUAAAUGUGCAAUUCAGACAUUGUUUUGGAAAUUGAACUUCUAUUGUUUAUGAACUGGUGUGUAUUAUUGUUUCGGCCUAAACAAGGUUUAAACUUUCCUUUUAUAAGAUUUAUUUUAUAUAUUUUUUAAAGUCGAGAAUUGUUAUUUUGUUCUGAUUAAGAUUAGGUACUUUUAGUAUAUCAAAAGCAUAAUUUCUUAUAAAAAUUUGUUCUCAAAUCUGUGUAAAAUUUCUAGAAGGAACAUAUGGAAAUUAGGUGCUUUGGUAAGAAGUGCUUUGCAAUAUCAAAUUAAGUAAGUCAAAUAUCUUUAGCACCUUCAGGAUCGAAAAUAAGUUAAUUCUCGAAUUUGAUGGGAUUCUAGUCAGAUCAUUUUUUUCAUUGAAUUAAGUUAUUAGUGGCGCCUUCGCAUGAGUUGGAUCUGCUUUUGGAAAAAGCAUAUUUUACAUUUUAUUUGGUUUAUAACAGAGUAGCCGGACUGAUCAAAGCUAUAAGUGACAUUUACAUAUCAGUUCAUAUUUUGUUGUGUGUAUGAGGUACUGUGUGUUCAAAGUUGUUAAUGGCAUAUUAUAUUGUUUAUGUUUAGCUUAGUUGUACUUUAUGUCAUUUGUUUAUGAUUAUUAAUUUAUAUACCAUGGAGCCUUGUAAAGAUGAAAUCGUUUCUUGUUUCUUUACGUAAAAUACAAAUUGACUUGUAAUGUUCUUAAUUGUAGAUUUGUGGAAAGGUUGAUGAUUAUAAAAUAUACAUUGUUAAUAGAAAUACC